UAAAAUAUUUCACAAACUCUCCUUGUUGCCUCUCCCUGCGGUGUAAUAAUGUGUCGUGUGCUUGAGAAUGUGGUCCCAGUCAGAAGCGGAGGCCAUCACCGAGGUGCACAGGGCUGAACGAUACUUUGUCGAGACGCGUUUGGAAAAACUGUCCCGAGACACCGAGAGACUCGCAGCAGGCCUGAUCAGCAGACUUAGGCAGCAACUUCAACAGAAGAGUCAGGAGCUCGAUUCGGCUCAAGCUCUGAUAAGGAAGCUCAAGUUGGAAGUAACAAUGUGGCAUGAACACGCCGAGGAUCUCGACAGAAAGAUGGCCUGCAUGCAUCAGGCAGUUGAUCAUCAGGGCAGCACGGGGAAGUACUGCAGGCCAUGUGGAUUUGCGGAGACCGCGUUGCACGAAGAGAAGUCCAGAGGAUGCGAUAACCACAAGGGCUUCCAGGAUGCGACUCCUCCUGGUGACCACGUCAACCACCAGAACGGGCUGAGGCCAGGUGGCUGUUGUACCGACAUCCGUUUCCACGGGUGGCCUACUCAAGGGAAGAGCAAGCUCCAGACAAGAACAAGAGCCAGCCAUGGCCACAGCCUCAACUAUCAGACGGCAGUGCCCAGCAGUGCAUCUCGGCAUCAGUCUGGAAUGGAGCGCAGCGAACGGCGAAUGGUGAAUUUCCAGACAGGGCUCAGCAAUGAAGAGAGGCUGCAGGCUGGAGUGGAGCCGGACAAUGACCACGGCCUCUUGCCAGGGAGAGAGUGGGAAGGAUGGCAAAGCCAGGCUCAGGAACUGUCGAGGCAGCUCGGCAUCAGUGUGGAAAUGCUGGCCCUUUGCAAGCAAGAGCUGCGCAAGAAAGAAGAGGAGUUAGAAAGACGACAAGAGGACGAGAGUCGGAUGCACGCGGAGCUGCAGGCGAUGGGCGCUCGGGAGGCAGAGUCCCGGGCCCGUCUGCACGAGCUCGUGGAGGAGAUGCUCGGUCGGCUGGAGAUGGCCGAGAACGCAGCACGACGCCACCAGGACGCCUCCGACACCAACACCUGA